CUGCGUAAGACGCGAGAUCCCAGGCCUCUCAAAGCCAAUCAAAGGCCGCCACCCAUCUUGACGUAGUCUGUAGCCUAUCAGUUUGAGACGCUCUAGCCCAGUCCAGCGUAACGGAAGCUGAUGCUAUCACAUCAACAGCUUCCGCACCACCGUCCACACUUUACAUCACGGCAAUCAUAGAGAUGAUCGGGGAAAGUAGCUGUCCCAUCUAGCUCAAGACUUUCGGAUUUCUGCGGUUACGUAGUUUCCGUCCCGAACCAGGAAGAGUUAUACGGAUGUUGUCAACUCCUGUGGCCCUUCACUUCGGCUUUGUCGACGUUCUAGGCAGAUUUUGGCAUCUCUCUGAUUCAAAGGAGGAAAUUGUGGACAAGUUUUGUAUUGCUCCCUAGUGGCGCUCUAGCAGUAAUCCCGCUCUAUAGUUUCUAGAACGGCCCUCUAGACGGUUCUCUUGGUCUUCUCUAUGGCUCCGCGCCGCCGGACCGGGAGAGCUGCUGAGACAUUGCUCCUUUAACUUGGAGGCCGCGGUGGUGGUGGGGAGGGGCGACCUGAGCCACGAACAGAUGGAGCCCGGGAUGGAGCCCGAGACGCUGGAGUCGAGGAUCAACAAAGCUACCAACCCUCUCAACAAGGACCUGGAAUGGGACAGCAUCAAUGCUUUCUGUGACCAGCUCAAUAAGGAACUAGAGGGCCCACCGCUGGCCACCCGGCUCCUGGCACACAAGAUCCAGUCUCCACAAGAAUGGGAAGCCAUGCAGGCUCUCACGGUGCUGGAGUCUUGUAUGAAGAACUGUGGCAAGCGCUUCCAUGACGAAGUGGGCAAGUUCCGCUUUCUCAAUGAGCUCAUCAAGGUGGUGUCGCCAAAGUAUCUAGGAAGCAGGACUCCAGAGAAAGUGAAAUCCAAGAUCUUAGAACUGAUGUACAGCUGGACAUUGGGGCUGCCCCAUGAAGUGAAGAUUACGGAGGCCUAUCAGAUGCUGAAGAAACAAGGAAUUGUUAAAUGCGAUCCCAAGUUGCCAGACGAUGCACCCUUCCCACUGCCUGCUCCUAGGCCAAAGAAUGUAAUCUUCGAUGAUGAAGAGAAGUCCAAGAUGCUGGCUCGCCUGCUCAAAAGCUCCCAUCCUGAGGACCUCCGGGCUGCCAACAAGCUAAUCAAAGAGAUGGUUCAGGAGGACCAGAAGCGAAUGGAGAAGAUCUCCAAGAGGGUGAAUGCCAUCGAGGAAGUGAACAACAACGUGAAGCUGCUGACGGAGAUGGUGACAAACUACAGCAAGGGGGAGACGACGGAGAGCAGCGAGGACCUCAUGAAGGAGUUGUACCAGCGCUGUGAGCGCAUGCGGCCCAUGCUUUUCCGGCUUGCCAGCGACACAGAAGACAACGAUGAGGCGUUAGCGGAGAUUUUGCAAGCCAAUGACAACCUAACGCAAGUUAUCAACCUCUACAAGCAAGUUGUGAAAGGAGAAGAGAUCAAUGGCGAGACUGUGGGUGGUCCUCUCCGAGGCAGCACUUCAGCACUUCUGGAUCUAUCGGGGCUGGACAUCCCAACUACAGGCCCUUCCUACCCAGCCAUUCCAACUUUCUCGGGUGGUGGCUCAGCGGCCCCAGUGCCAGAACAAGCCAGCUCUGUCUCUCUGCUGGAUGAUGAGCUCAUGUCUUUAGGGCUUAAUGACCCAGCAACUCCCUCAGCCCAGGUCACAGACAACAGUGGCUGGAACAGUUUUCAGUCCUCUGACAGCCCUGACCUCGGCGGCCCCUCCGUCCCACCAGCCCCAGCAGGGAAAACUGAUGCUGGACCACCGGCCCCUGCACCUGCCGCCAGUGGCCUGGAUGACCUCGACCUGCUGGGCAAAACUCUGUUGCAGCAGUCUCUUCCCCCAGAGUCUCAGCAAGUCAGAUGGGAGAAGCAGCCUCCAGCUCGGUUAACGUUGCGAGACCUCCAAAGCAAGAGUGGCUCCAGCCCGGCUGUGAGCACCAACAGCACCCCAGCCCUCUUUCCAAGCCUCUCUUCGAGCCCUCCCGUGUCUCUGCCCCCACUCUCGGAGCCACCAGCAGCCACUGCAGUCCCUCGUGGGCCCCCAACACCUGCUGGAGCCACGCUUUCCUCAGCCAGUCUGGCGACUUCCACGUCCCCCCUGGAAGUCUCACUGACGAAUGUGUCUGUGCCUCUGGAAUCUAUCAAACCAAGCAGCAUCCUCCCGGUGACGGUAUAUGACCAGCAUGGUUUCCGGGUCCUCUUCCACUUUGCCAAGGACUCACUGCCUGAUCGGCCUGACGUGUUGGUGGUUGUCAUCUCCAUGCUCAGCACGGCCCCUUUGCCGAUUAGGAACAUUGUGUUUCAGUCUGCCGUCCCCAAGGUGAUGAAAGUGAAACUGCAACCCCCCUCAGGGACGGAGCUCCCAGCAUUCAACCCCAUUGUGCCCCCCACUGCAAUCACCCAGGUUCUCCUGCUUGCUAACCCACAGAAGGAGAAAGUGAGGCUACGAUACAAGCUGACCUUCACCAUGGCAGAUCGAACCUAUAAUGAAAUGGGAGAUGUCGAUCAGUUCCCCACUCCUGAGUCAUGGGGAAACCUCUAGGGCUGCAGCCACUGUGCUGCCUCAGACUUCCAAGGACUCUGCCCCCCAGGCCAAGAGCCUUCCCAGGGCUGGCUGCUGCUCAGACUUCUGCUCUCAGACUGGAAUGCUGUGUGUGGAGGAUGGCAGGCAGAAUGCAGUGGGGUGCCUGUUUGGGGCUUGGCGGGGCAGGGAUGGCUGGAGUGAGUUUCCCUCUGUUCUUCUUCUAACUUGGGUUCCUGAGCCCCCUACCCUCCUCUCGCUCCCCCAGCUCUGCUUUUCCUUCUGCAGAAGGGUGGUCGUGAUCAGCUGAGGCUGGCUCUAAGAAAGCCAACUCCACUCAUGGACUCUCUGGAUCCUUCCCCCCUUGCCCCCCUUUCUCUCCUAGUAGGGUUAUCCUGGACCUUCCACCUUCCCACUCCUCAGCAAUUUCACACUCCACAAUCUCCAUGAGCAAACCUAAGGUGUUGUGAUGACUAGACUGAUUCUGGGAGUGCUGUCCUUUGCUCUGUUUUCUCUGGGCCACGACACAAAGCUCAGGUAGGGGGCAAAGGGUACUGCUGUUCUAUCACCGAAGAUCUAAUUGGCCCAUUCACAACUCUGUGGGCAGAACCAUCUUGGGGACCGUAGGGUACUUGGGUCUGUUUUGCUUAUGAGGCUUUUAUUCCUCCCGGGCUGGAUGAUGGGCCUGAGCCGAUGCCCAUCGUGCGUGUUGAGCCACUGCUGGGCAGAGUGAGUCUGAGCGAAUAGGGUGGGUGGGAAGGAAGGAGGGUAGUGUGCCUACUUUAAAAUGCCUUACAUGAGAAGGGCUAGUACUGCAGCCUUAUUAUGCAGUUGCAAGAGGGAAAGUGGACUGGGCCUCUUGCAGCCUGCUGGGAUGACUGAAGUGAGAGUGUCGCACCCCACAGUUUCCCUUCCCAGGGAGGGCAACCCGUAAUCCCAAGCGGCUGUCUGCAGGGAGAUGAAAGGUCCACUCCCUGAACCAGGUUGAGUCUGCUGGGGAGGGCCCUGUGCUCUCCUGCGUUGUGGAUUCCCUUGACUUGGGCCCUGUCGCACACAACUGGUAGCCAUUAGAAUGUCGUGCUGGGAGGGUGUCAAGGAAAGGGCGGGUGGGCAUAGCAACCUUUGAUCCCCCACCCAUCACUGUCUGUUGUAACUAGCCCUCUUCUUCCUCCUGCAAACUGGUGCACUCACAGGCUCUGGGCCAGGAACCAUGCAGUCUCCAUAUGACUGACUGAUUCUUAUGUCAUGAGCAAAGUAGCUCUGGAAAUGCCUGGGGAUGAGGGCUCAGCUAGUUACUUGCUAGGUUGCUGCAUGGGAGGUGGAACUGACUUUUAAUGUGGUGGAUGGAACUGUGGUGGAGGAUGAUGUUUUACUCCAAUGGGUAACGUCCCUAUUUCCAGACAGAGAUAGGCUGCUUUUGGUGGGAAGGCCUCUCUGAAGCCGGGUUCUGCUGUGACUGGAUUCAUUUACUUCCUAGUCUCUCUUUCAGGGUUAUUUUUGUCCCCUUUCUCUCUAGAUUUGAUUCAGUUUGGUUCUUGGACAGACUUCUAUAUAUUUUUGGUGCAAAUUCUCCACAUGGAAAAAGACAUUAAAAUAGACUCUGUCGAAAAUAGA